AUGCAAGUUAAUUAAAAUGAAGAGUUUUAUCUCAGAUAUUAUGUUGGACACAAAGGUGUUUAUGGACAUGAGUUUCUUGAGUUCGAGUUCAGAAAUGAUGGCAGAUUGAGAUAUGCAAACAAUUCAAAUUACAAAUAAGAUGUUUUGAUCAGAAAGGAAUGUUAUGUUUCUGAUGCAGUGAUAGAGGAGAUUAAACGUAUGAUUGAGGAUUCAGAAAUCGUCAAAGAAAAUGAUUCGAAAUGGCCAGCACCUGAUAAAAUAGGGAGAUAAGAAUUAGAAAUCAAGCUUGGAAACAAUCAUAUUUCAUUUACUACGUCGAAAUUAGGAUCUAUACAAGAUGUACAAAAUAGCUAGGAUCCUGAUGGGUUGAGAGUGUUUUUCUACUUGGUUCAAGAUGUAAAAUGUUUUGUCUUUUCUUUAAUUGGCCUACACUUUAGAGUAUUAUUCUAGCUUAAUAUCAUUAGAUAAAGCCAGUCAAUUGAGCAUAUCUUAAUAAUUAAAAAAUGA